AUGCUAAUACAUUAUAGUACCCUAGCUCACCAUGACCAUGUGGUCUGCGUCGUUGGAGUUGGCUAUGUUGGCGAGCAUCUUCUCAGAUCCUUUGGUACCUGCUAUCAGUCCAUUGGCUUCGACAUCUCAGUCCAGCGUCUCGCACAACUGCAGCCUAUCUUUGGCCACAUGCCCAAUGUCACCCUCACCAAUGACGAGUCCUACUUGGACAGAGCUACCGCCUACCUUAUCUCAGUCCCUACUCUUCUCAAGGCUGACAACACUGUUGAUUUGAGCCAUCUGAUCAGCGCUUUGGCCAUGGUUCUGAAGCAUGUACAGCCUGGUAACACCAUCGUCAUUGAGAGCAGUGUCCAGGUCGGCACCACUCGCCAGAUCCUUGGCCCCUACCAAAACAUUCUCCACUGCGGCAUGUCUCCCGAACGUGUUGACCCCGGUCGCACCUUCCCCACUGCCCAGCAGAUCCCCAAGAUCAUCUCCGCACUCACUCCUGCAUCCAACUCAGUCAUCCACAAGCUGUACGCUCGUGUCUUCGAGCAAGUGGUACCCGUCAGCAAGCCCGAAGUGGCUGAGAUGACCAAGUUGUUCGAGAACUGCUACCGCAUGGUCAAUAUUGCAUACGUCAAUGAGAUGUCCGAUGCUGCACGUGCUCACGGCAUUGACCCCAACGAGAUGAUUGAUGCCGCCGCGACAAAACCCUACGGCUACCAGGCGUUCCGUCCCGGUCUUGGUGUUGGUGGUCACUGCAUCCCUGUCAACCCUUUCUACCUCUUCUCCAACAACCCCAACCUGCCUGUCCUCAAGCGCGCUACAAAGCUCAUGCGCAACCGCCCUGCCGCUCUUGCAAAGAAGCUCCACCGCCGCUGCGCCGCUCGUGCUGCUUGCCCUACUGGUCCUCGUAUCCUCGUCGUCGGCAUUGGCUUCAAGCCCGGCCAGAGUGUCCUCAGCUACUCUCCCGGCCUUGCCUUUGCGACUGAGUUGCAACGCCUUGGUUGCUCGCGCCUAGUCUUCCACGACCCUCUUGUUGAACAAGCUCAGGUGCCAUGGCUAGAGAAGCUCGACCACGCCGGAUUCCACCCCGGUCGUUUGGACCUCGAGUUCGAUGCCGUGGCUGUCUGCACAAGACAACAUGGCGUUGACUUCACCGUCCUCGACAAGCUGCGCCACUGCAGAGUCAAGACCUUUGACACUGCAUAG